AUGGCUUCUUCUCCAAGAACACCCCCUGCUUCCAAAAGGUCCGCUACCCGUCGUGGCACUCCUAAAUGUGCCAGUUCCUCAACUCCUAACCAGAACGACUCUACUCCUCUUCCUUCAAUUAAUGAGCGCUUGGCCUACCUCCGCCCCUCCCGGGAAUUGUUGGAGUAUUACCGAAAGAAGAUUGCCCAGUUUGAUGAAGAGCAUGAAGAGUUGGUUAAAAGGCUGGAGAAAUACAAAGCAACUUAUGAUGAGCAGCACAAAUUGCAAUGGGAAAUGCGUCAGCGGGAAGAAGAAAUCGCCGAGCUGCAGAAGGCUUUGAGCGACAUGCAAGUUUACCUCUUCCAGGAAAGGGAACAUGUGCUGCGCCUCUACGCUGAGAAUGACCGGCUGAAAAUCAGGGAGCUCGAGGACAGGAAGAAGAUCCAACAUCUUUUGGCUUUGGUGGGGCCAGAUAAUGGUGAGAUCACCUAUUUUCACAAAGAACCACCGCACAAGGUCACUGUUCCUCAGAGGCUAACCAAGAGGAGAGAUCCAUACGAACGAAAUGAGAACAGCGCUCUAAAAACAGGUGUUAAAAGCUCUGCCUCAAAGACGACGGCAAAAGGAGGGAAACCAGAAAGCGCAGAGAGAUACCAGAGAGACAACCAGACACUCCUAUUACAGGUGGAAGCCCUUCAGGCUCAAUUGGAAGAGCAGGCUCGGCUGGCCAAAGAGCAGCUUGAGGCAUUGCUAGAAGACCGGCGGAUCCGCAUAGAAGAAGCUCAAGUUCAACAUCAGAGGGAUCAGGACAAGAUCAAAGACCUUACUGAAAAAUACCACAAAGCUCAAAACUUGCUGUAUGAGAGCACCCGAGAUUUUCUCCAACUGAAAUUCGAGGCACGGACGAAUGAGAAAUCCUGGAUGGCGGAGAAGGACUGCCUGCUAAGGAGGCUGGACAAAAGGAAGGGCGGGCCGGAACGAAGCCGGGUUCGGUGGGACGGUGAUAGAAUUCGGGACCGUGGCCGCAGCCCACGAGACAGCAGUCACGACUGGCAGGAGGAGAGCAGUCAAGACGAGGGGGGGAGCAGUCCCUGCCAGCACAGCUUCAGCCAGAAGUUACGAGGCUCUGCAGAGAAGACGGGCGAGGCCAAGCACCCCUCCCGAGGAGAGCGUGAAUUCCGCAAAGCGCACAGUGCAGACAUCAAGGUGACAAUGACAGUUGGGCCAGACCAAGACCUUGCCAUUCUGCAUGAAGUUCGCCAAGGGAACCAAAGGACUAAGAAAAUUCAAGGGGAGCUGAAAAACUUAAAGUCGAAAAUCUACAGCCUGGAAAACGAGCUACGAGUCUGUUGAGGAAGGUGCACCAACGGAGCUGGGUGCCCUUUCAGCGUUCCCGUCGAAAAAGUGGACGCUCGUAUCUGUGCGGUGAAAACCAUGUACCUUGCUGUGACUCUAGGGUGUAAGCUGGACGCUUCACAACUGAAGGAGUCCAUACAAGCUUAUGUCAGACUUGGAAAGGAAAUAAUCUUUAACAUUAUAAAAAAACCAACAACACAUGCAUCUCUUCCCCGUGAUGUCAGGUUAUACAAAGACUGAGCCGCAGUAACUGGCAAAUGACGUUGUUCCAACAGACCAUACUCAUAGUCUGUAGA